UGGGAGCGGAAACGACUCUUCAAAUUAGUGAAUCAGGAGCUGUGGAUUAGUUGAGUAAGGCGUCCAGGCCUGUGCAAGGUGGUCCUUUGGAAAUUUUAAACCUCAAACUAGCAAUAUUCUAUCUUGGUCUGUGUUGCAGCCACUUUAACAUCAUUUUUAUAUGGAAGUCGGCAACUAAAACUAAACAGAGCCCAGUGUUGAGGAUGUGUGGUUGCUGAAUAGUGUAACUGCAGGUGUUCGCUUGUUUUGAGGUCCUUUUCUUCCUGCCCCAAAGUGCUCCUACCAUGUCAACAGAAGUACAGCCUGUACCUGUAGCCCCUGCAGGAGCCACCACUGACCCUGUACUGCCUGUUGUUUCCACUGAGACCAACACAGUUGUAACUGAACACUCUACAGCUACAACUGCAGUUUCAACACCAACCGCAAGCAAAUUUUUCUCAAGAGAGAAAAAGAAAGCUCCAGAGAGGACAGAUGAGUACCUGCUGGCCAGGUUUCAAGGGGAUGGUGUUCGAUAUAAAGCUAAACUGAUCGGCAUUGAUGAUGUGCCUGAAGCUCGAGGGGACAAAAUGAGUCAGGACUCCAUGAUGAAACUAAAGGGCAUGGCCGUAGCUGCUCGUUCCCAAGGCAAACACAAGCAAAGAAUCUGGGUGAACAUCUCUCUAGAUGGAAUUAAAAUAACUGAUGAAAAGACUGGUGUGAUUGAGCAUGAGCAUGCAGUGAAUAAGAUCUCCUUUAUUGCUCGUGACCUCACGGAUAAUCGGGCGUUUGGAUAUGUGUGUGGGGCAGAGGGCCAACAUCAGUUCUUUGCCAUUAAGACAACUCAGCAGGCACAACCUCUGGUCAUUGAUCUUAAAGAUCUAUUCCAGGUGAUUUUCAACACAAGGCAGAAAGAAGCUGAAGCUGCACAGAAGGAUGAUACCAGUACUGUUGUUGAGAAUGGAAGUGAUACUUUGCUCAGUUUGGAUGGUCAGGUGGCAACAGUAAAAACUAUGGAACAGAUGGACCUUUUUGGGGACAUGUCCACACCCCCGGAUAUCAACUCUCCCACGAUUUUUUGUGAUCAGGAUGCUUGGACAAAUCACACAGGGCUGGACAGUGUUUUGUUGCUGGAGUUUGCUCCUGUGAUUGACACCAAUCAGAACCACCUUAAAGACAAUCCUUUCAUCUCUUAUCCAUCAGUUCCUUGCAACACACCCAGUGAUGCCCCUUUCUCUUCCACAUUAGAUGCAUUCUUUAGUCCCAGUCCAGUCCCGUUUGAUAAUGACCCCUUUCCUCAAAACAGUGGCAAGUGGAACUCCUCCAUUUCUACUGUGUCUCCCCUGUCAUCCAAUUGUGGUGACUCUGCAUCUAGCAGUCACAUUUGUAAUGGCCUGACUUCUAGCCAGUACCCACAGACGGGCAGUAACCAACCACUUGCAUUUCAGACCCCCCCUUUUUCAGGCUUAAUUAAUCAAACAAAACCCCAUCUUCCCCAAACCACUUCACCACUGUGUAAUGGUCUCAGCAACUCUUUGCUUCCUGUGUUUCAAUUUCCACUCCUCUGUAAAAGUGAAACUAUGCCACCUAUUGUGCAAAAUGGAGGGGUGAUGGCCCUUUGCCCCCCACCACCAAGCUCUAAGUGUGGCCGAGUACAGAGGAGACUGAAGUCUCCUGGAAAUGAAAUGUUUGGGGCCAAUAUAUUUGCAUCACCAGCUCAGGGUGAGGGUCCAUCCACUGCUCAGUCUGCCUCCUCUGUUCCAGCAGAUCUGUUCAACCCUGCUCUUGCAUCAUGGUCAUUGGGACCACCAUCUGUUCAAGCUCCUAAAACAGGUCCAUGGGUUCAACCAGCCCAGUCCAUGUUUCCUAUCCAGGGCUCUGCCAUCCAAACAUCAGUCCAAGGUUCAUCACUAAAUUCUCUUCCCCAGCCCUGUACAUUUGGGGGAGCACCAUUACCUCACUGGGGACAACAAAUGCCCUCUUCAUUUGGCAUUCCAGCUGCCACUCAAGCUUGGGGCCAACCAGCAACCGCAAUGGCCUGGCCCCAGUCUGCCACCCUAUCCAACCCCUUUCAGCCCAGUGGGUUUCCUCCUGUAAUGGCUUCUCCUGGAGAGCUAAAAACAGGGAACACCUCUUCAGGUGUCCCUCCUUUGCCUCGUCGACCACCCCCUACAAAAGAAGAGAUACCUGCUGUUAAAAAUGCUUUCACAGCUUUGGACCCCCUUGGUGGAAAGGAGCUGAAAACCGGGAAGGAUAUGUUCAAAAACUUCCAGAUGGCAAAACCUGGAAGUGGCAGUCUGGCAGACCAAAACUCCAAUGGUGCAUUUGAACAGUACUUUUCCAACAAAGUUGGUGUAGCCCAGGAAGCAGCUGACCAUGAUGACUUUGACAUUAACCAGCUCUCUGCAAAAUCCAUUGAGCCUUCUAAACCUGCACUUCAGGCCUCUACAACUGCUACCCCAGCUUCAGUUCUAAGCUUGACCCCUUCCUCAGGAGUGCUCCUGGAUGCUGCUUUCAUGCCUAAUCCUGCCCCAUACCCAUCAGGCCCAGAUCCUUUACCAGCAGCUGGUCUUUUUGAUGAUCCUUUUGGAAGCAGCUUUUUAGCACCACCUACAACAGUUGGCCCAGCUGCAAAAGCUGAUGCAUUUGUAGAUCCUUUUGGAGGAAAUCCUUUUGCCUAAAUUUUCUAAAAAUCAUGCCCUGGUGAGGUUCUUCUUUAUGCAGAACAGUUUUGCACCCCAUCUUUCAGUCUACACUCCACUGUCAAAGUUUUGCACCCAGCACUUCUUUAUAUCAAAAAAAGUUUGUUUAUCCCUUAUUAAAUUGACUCUCUUUUUCCCAGUGCAACAAUCACUCGAAUACUAAUUGUGUGGGACAUGAAUGAAAGUGGUAAAAUGGCAUAGGUCUUGCAAUGUUAAGGGAUUUUGUAAACUGGACAUUCUCUAAUUUGUCUGGAAUUAAAAAAGCAUGAAAUGGU